AUGACGGAGACAAAGGAUGGCGACUCCGACGUGAAGCACUCGAACCGGCUGCGAUUCUUCACGCCGCGCGAAGUGGCGAGUCAUAACAUGGCUACGGAUUGCUGGGUCUCCAUCAACUAUCGCGUGCUAGAUCUUUCACUGCUGAUCGAAGAAAAUCCCGGCAAGCAAUAUACAUUUUAUUCCUGUCACACAGGAACCCUGGUAGAACCGCUUAUUCUCCACGCUGGCGAGGAUAUCUCCCACUGGUUUAAUGCAGACACGGAAGAUGUAAAAUACCACGUGGACCGCGAACGCAAUUUAUCCGUGCCCUUCGUGCCCUACGGGCGCUUUCUCCACGUACCCCCACCGGAUCCUAGUGCUCAAUGGUGCACAGCCGACCUGUUACCGUGGUGGCGUGACCCGAAAUACGUGGUCGGACGACUGACCAAGAAAGCUCGUUGGCUCGAGAUAGUCAACAUGCUGACCCAACAGCGACACUCGCUCGAAGUGUGUUGCGAGGAAACUAUCGCUGAGAUCCAGACGCGGUAUUUACAACUCAAUGCUCACGCUGGCAGCUACACGUGGAAGCGGCUGGAAGAUGACGAGUUCGUGCCGAUGCAUAUGCAGCGCACAUUAGACGAGAACGGAAUUCCAGACGAAUCGCCCAUCUUCGAGCGCUUCGACAUGGACGAACAGCAGUUCAUGCCUACCCUCCACAUCUACUAUGACGAUGAUCUAACCGUCAUGUAAGCCAGCAGCAGCGAA